GUGCACAUGCGCAACAAGUAGGCGCUCGUUUUUUUCAAUAAAACCAGUCAUCACCGGGUAAAACGCUGCAAAACUGGUCUUUGUUGACUCCACGGAAUCACAGCUGUUUCUCGCUAAUUUUUUCUCACCGGUCUCACUCACUCUCUCAUUUUUUUUGUUGUCGUGGAAGCGAAACAUAUCCAUCUCUGUAUAGAUAAGAUUUUUUUUGGCGUUUCCUAUUUUUUCUCUCCACCGUUCGUACAGUAUAGGCGCGGGGUGCUGGCCUUGCAUUAGACAUUCGGUGGUGAGUGGUAACAGCUAGGCCCCCCUUUAGUUGCGGCCAGGGCUCUAGUGGGGUACAUCCAUGAUUGAGUCCGGACCAGGACUGAGUGUCGUCGUCGUCGCUGCCGCUGCUGCUGCCACCACCGCGCUCAGGGGGAUGUUCCCCGCAGUGGAUCUGCCCCAUGCUUCCCCGAUGCUGGGGCGGGCCGGCUCGGUCACCACCAAGUCCUCGGACAUCGAGACCAGCGUGUGGACCUCGACCGAGAUACCGGCCGAUGUCAGCUUCGGCCCGUUCGACGGGGAGUUUCGCCUCGGCGCCGCCAUGAAGGACAGCCGGGACAGCCCGUACAUGUUGGAGGUCAAAUACUCCGAGGGUCGGCUAGUCAGCGGCCCUGAUUCCCAUCCCACCCGCUGGAUGCGGUUCGUCGCUGCGGCGCACGACGAGCACGAGCAGAACCUCUCCGCUGUUCGUUCCCCGGAGGGGCGAGUGAUGUUCCGCACCACCCGCAGUAUCCUACGCGGGGAGGAACUUCUGGUCUGGUACACCAGCGCUUUUGCCGAGUACCUGGGAAUGCCAACGACAGUCAACCAAUACAGAGGUAAGAAACACUGCAUAGUCUUGGUCAACCUGUAA